AUGGGGGCGAGAGGAGCUAAGUAUCAAUGUAACCUAAAGGGCCUAACCAAGUGCAUCCCCCUGGACACGGCAGCCAAGUCUCACAAACUGCACGCCGAGGUGGCUUCCAGUUGUGUUUACAGUAACUCUCGCACUCACUCACUCCUACACUGGCAAGCCUUCCGCUGCCCGCACCAAGGAACGGAGAAACCAAGGAGUCGGACACUUCACCUCUAUUCAGGAAUCCUGCCCUGCCCCAAGGGCCCGAGUAGAGGAGCCUCAGCCAGGUCUAAGCGCCCACGCAGCCCACCAGACGCAGCGCGCUCUGCAAAGCUGCUGAGAAGCCCGACCCCAGAAGUCUGGGGCACCACGCUUCUCCACCCCGCCGCGGACGCGCAGACCCACCCACCCCACGGCCGCCCUGCUUCACCUCCCCGGCUGCCUCCGAAAGCGCGCGGGAGCCCAGCGCGCUGCAAGGUGGGCCGACGCCACCCCACAGUCCCUUCUCCUCCCGUCCCUCCCUCUCGCCUCAGCUUAGCCUGCGGCCACCGCCGACAGUGCACUCAGACAACUCCGCUGCUCGCGCCUAAGUUGUCCCCUCAAGGCGCGCGCAACUUAUGUAGGCCGCGCACGGAGAGACCACGCCCAAAUACCGCCUAUUUCCGGUCCUCUGCCCCGCCCUCUAGCACGAGAGCUCCCCCUCGGAAGCUUCGCCUUCCGGUGUCCCCGCCCCUCCCCCUCUCGUGUGUUGGACCACCUCAGUCCGCCCUUUUCCGGUACCCGGGACCUGCUGGCGACUGGUCCUUUCCGGUGCCCCUCUGCAAGCCUGCGCUUGGCACGUACCUUCCGUGCGCUUCUCUGUUGCGCCUAAGGCUCUGCACCUGGUGGCUUGGAUGGGCCAGCUCAUUUCUGCCAGCUCUGGCUGGCUGGGUGUCCUAG